ACCGGCCGAUCGACGGGAUGUGGUUUAUAAAAUGCGUCUAUCGCUGAGUACUGAUUGACUUCCGUUCCGAUGCGCGAAUACGGCAACAGAGAGAAGUUAGCAUCCGGAGAAUCAACUUGGUAAACACACAUUAGUGUGGUUUCUUAAGACGCUUAAGACAAGCAAACCAAUCUCAGCCUGCUUCGUGCUCGUACAAGUGGGAAAAGUGCCCUAACGUAGUGCUGAAGGUUAUUAGGGAACAAGAACUUGCUUCAUUAUUCGAAAUCGUGGCCAUCCUCUUGACUUUUCGUGCACUCUCAUCAGCUGACUCUCCAAAUCGAGUCAACUGAAAAUUUGCCACGCUGUUAUAAAAAAUUGGAACUGACAGCAUUUCAAGGUGUGAAGUAACAGAAGAACUUGAUAUUUUAGUAAACAAAAUUAAAAACAGAUGGCUACCACUGCGUGGAGGUUGCUCACCCUACUGACCCUACUGACGGAGCUACCGCUUGGCCUCCAGUUCGAAAUCGGUGGGGUCGAUGUCGGUGCAGGACGGCUUCUUACGAAGGUCUCUUCAGAACUCAUGAAAGGGCUCCAACUGCCCAAGCAGACGUCCACCGCCCCCCAGGACCCGCAGCACAUGGAAACCGGGGACGAUGACGACUUGGAGGAUUCAGACGCCCCGAUGGACGAACAGGAAGCCGCUAUGUGGCACAAUUUGCUCGACGAAAUUGUGAAGGAAACGGACCAACUAGACGACACUAUUUUUGAAGAAGAAGAAGAAACUAUAGGGACCAGAGCCGAAGUUCCGGAAGCUGUGGACUGUUACGGCUUACCGACGCCGAUUUCUAAAGCAUUAAGAUUCCUGUUCAGAACGGACAGAAAGGAGACCGUUAACACACGUUACUUCUUGUCUACAAGGAAGCAUCGUGACACGGUGGAGAUAAAGCAGGACCCAGAAUUCAACUUUAACUCAACAGACUUCGACCCCAGGCGCAGCAAGACCGUGUUCAUUGUACACGGGUUCAUGUCCAAUGGAGAAAUGCAGUGGGUCAGGAACUUAUCAGACGCCAUGCUGAACAUGGUUGAUGCCAAUGUGAUUGCAGUGGACUGGAGUGGUGGAGGUGGCAGUUGGAUGUACUGGCGAGCAGUGGCAAAUACCAGGGUCACUGGAGCAGAGGUUACCAAACUAAUUGAAAAGAUGAUGAAGAUGGGCUUGAAGAACAAGAGUAUCCACCUGAUAGGCCACAGCCUGGGAGCCCACAUCUGCUCCUACAUUGCUGCUCAUCUUGGAGGAGUUGCCAGGAUCACAGGACUCGACCCUGCACAGCCCUGCUUCCAAACUGACAGCCCUGACAUAAGACUAGAUCCAAGUGAUGCAGACUUCAUUGAUGUAAUCCACACAAAUGGGAGGGUACUUCUGAAAGUGGGACUUGGGCUACCUCAACCCAUAGGUCAUGUGGACUUCUACCCUAAUGGGGGAGCCAAGCAACCUGGAUGCUCCAAGAAAAGGAACAAAUUGCUGUUCCCAGUCCUUGGUUUCAUCAAGAGCAGGAUAGAGAAAUCAAUUUGCAGCCAUGGUCGUUCAUAUAUGUUCUUCAUUGAGUCUCUCAAGAUGUCAGAUAAAUGCUCCUUCUGGGGUCACCGCUGGGACAGGAAUGAGAGUGAUGCGAAUACUGCAGUGGCAGCACCAUGCACUGCAGCUAACUGCACUGAGAUGGGUAUUGAAACAGAUAUCUUUCCUGCCAGAGGCAGUUUUUAUGUGCCUACUCAGGCCAAAACUCCAUACUGCAUCCAGGAUCCAAGAACUGAUGAUGAAAUGGUCACCUCCUUAUCCAAGUUGUACAGAAGAGUGAACCGUAUAGACAGGAACGACGGGAACUAAUGAAACACUGUGUCGGCAUAAAGAUGUGACGCAAAUUCAGAUCACAGAAGACUGUUAUGUUCAGAAUUUGUUCCUAAAAUACAACCCAUGUAACUGAACCUUUAGCCUGAUCACAGAUUUUGCAUGGCUUCCUUAUGGGUGAUCAAGUUUGUUUUCAGUAUCACAUAAUUUGUCAUUAGUUCAACAUUUUAUGAAAUAAAACUGCGAUAUGAAAUGUGA